AUGUCGUCGCCAUACAGUGCAAGCCAGACUGCCGUAAGGCGGCUGCAUGCCACCGCCCAGCACCUCAGGCCGGCCGCCGCUGCCGCCGCGCAGGCGUAUCCCACGAGCCACGAGCGCAUCGAGUCGCCGCCCGACACGCAGAACUUCCUGGACAACCAGUUUGUGGCCUCGAAGGCUACGCAAUGGAUAGAGCUCCACGACCCGGCGACGAACAACCUGGUGACGCGCGUGCCGCAGAGCACCGAUGCGGAGCUCGGAGCCGCGGUGGACAGCGCCGAGAAGGCGUUCAAGACGUGGAGGUUCACAAGCCUGCUCCACAGGCAGCAGAUAAUGUUUAAAUACGUGCAGCUCAUCCGCGAGAACUGGGAUCGGCUGGCGGCCAGCAUCACGCUGGAGCAGGGCAAGACCUUUGGCGAUGCGAGGGGCGAUGUGCUGCGUGGUUUGCAGGUUGCGGAGACGGCCUGCGGUAUCACGACCCAGAUGACCGGCGAGGUGCUGGAGGUGGCUAAGGAUAUGGAGACUCGAAGCUACAGGGAGCCAUUGGGCGUCGUGGCUGCCAUUUGCCCGUUCAACUUCCCGGCCAUGAUUCCCCUCUGGUGCAUCCCCAUUGCUACCGUCACUGGCAACACGAUCGUCAUCAAGCCCUCCGAGCGUGACCCGGGAGCCUGCAUGAUUCUGGCCGAGCUCGCUGCGGAGGCCGGAUUCCCUCCUGGCGUCGUCAACAUCGUCCACGGUUCCGCAAAGACUGUGGACUUUAUCCUCGACGAGCCGCGCAUCAGGGCCAUAAGCUUUGUCGGAAGCAACAAGGCGGGAGAGUACAUCUACACCCGAGGCUCGGCCAAUGGCAAGCGUGUCCAGGCCAACCUGGGUGCGAAGAACCAUGCCGCCGUUCUGCCAGACUGCAACAAGAAUCACGCAUUGAACGCCAUUGCUGGUGCUGCUUUCGGUGCUGCCGGACAGCGAUGCAUGGCAUUGAGCACUCUUGUCAUGGUUGGCGAGACCAAGGAGUGGGUGGCGGAGAUUGCUGAGCGCGCGAAGGCGAUCAAGAUGGACGGCGGUUUCGAGGAGGGAGCUGAUCUUGGCCCGGUGAUCAGCCCUCAGUCGAAGAAGAGGAUCGAGGACCUUAUCGCCAGUGCCGAAGAGGAGGGUGCUACGAUCCUCCUCGACGGUCGCGGGCAGAAGCCGGAGAAGUACCCCAAUGGCAACUGGGUCGGCCCCACCAUCAUUGCCAACGUCAAGCCCCAUAUGAAGUGCUACAAGGAGGAGAUCUUUGGCCCCGUCCUCGUCUGCUUGAACGUCGAUACAAUUGAUGAGGCAAUUGAUAUGAUCAACGCCAACGAGUAUGGCAACGGCACUGCCAUCUUCACCCGCUCUGGGGCCACUGCCGGUCGCUUCCAGCGCGAGAUUGAGGCCGGCCAGGUCGGCAUCAACGUCCCCAUCCCUGUCCCACUUCCCAUGUUCUCGUUCACCGGUAACAAGAAGUCGAUUGCUGGCGGCGGCGCCAACACCUUCUACGGCAAGCCGGGGCUCAACUUCUACACGCAGCAGAAGACGGUGACGAGCCUGUGGCGGAGCGAGGACGCGGUUGCGAGCAAGGCGUCUGUGAACAUGCCGACGCACAGCUAG